AUCGGAAUUUCCUUUUCCCAAUUAUCAGCUGUUUUGAAAUUGAAAUCUAUUGAUGUUUUUUGGCAAUAAUUGCUUGGGCGGAAUCAAGUAAUAAAAUGGCGUCUUCUGCAACGGGUGGAGUCAAGCCCAUGACCAUUGCUGGUCGUAUGGUUCGCGAACGGGAGCGUUUAAUUGGGAUGUCAAAUGAGGAACGAGCAUGGCGCAAGCAAUGGUUGAAAGAUUUGGAGUUGCACCAUGGACCACGUAUAGUGCCCGAAUUAGAAAAAGAACUAAACAACCCAAUUAGACGUUUUUAUAGAUUUCCUUUGGAUAAAUUAGGAGAGGCUCUGAGUCCAGUUCUGGGCCAGCAACGUGCGUAUACAAUCCGAUUUUGGACGGGAAAAGCUGCUUUAGCAAUCGCAGCCAUUUACGCUGGUGCCUACUACUUCAAAUAUAAUCAAAAUGAUUGGACUCGUAAGGGUGGCUGGCGUGUAAUUACUUCCCGACCUGUCUGCAAUCCUGGUGACGAGGGUUAUCCGAAAGUUUCAGACAGAUCUCAACCUUCAGAUUAUGCGGCCCGUGGAUUCAAACAGGCGCCAAUAUAAUAUAUGCCAGUUAAAUUAUUUCUAAAAACCACAUAAAUGUCGAUAAUUUCAAAGUUUUAAAAAAUAAAAAUAGCAGCAGACUAUUAACACAAAAAUGCAUUA